UAAGGAACAUACCUGCCAUCUGUUAUCGAAAACGUUUGACACAUUCACAUCUGACCACACCAGUGCUCUGGGUGCUUUGACAGAUAGUUGUCAAAUUUGUUCUCUUUCCGCUAACGUCUCCUCCAACCAUGGGUCGAGUUAGAACGAAAACCAUCAAAAAGGCCGCUAAGGUCAUCAUUGAGAAGUAUUACACCCGAUUGACCAUGGAUUUCCACACAAACAAGAGAAUUUGUGAAGAAGUCGCAAUUAUUCCAACCAAGUCGUUGAGAAAUAAAAUUGCUGGCUACGUCACACAUUUGAUGGGUCGAUUGCGCCAUUCCCAAGUCCGUGGCAUUUCCAUCAAAUUGCAAGAAGAAGAGCGUGAACGCAGAGAUAAUUACGUUCCAGCUGUGUCGGCUCUUGAACAAGACAUUAUUGAGGUUGAUCCACAUACAAAGGAUAUGUUGAAGAUGCUCGAUUUCAACAGCAUUAAUGGAAUUCAACUUACGCAAUUAACCACACCAAAUUACCGACGUAAUUGAUGUUCUACCACAAAAUGAUGUCACCUUAUUGGGAAUCUUUAAAAUAAAACAUUUCGUUUUAAAGUAACGUC